AUGGGCUCCCUCAGCGUGACAGUGACUACUGACUGUAUAUAUUACUCGAUACUGUACUUCGUGGGGCUAAAAUAUUCCACUGCUACCAUUGCAUCUGCGCUCACCAAUAUGCUCCCCGCUUUCACCUUCAUUCUCGCUGUCCUCUCCGGACGAGAGUGUGUGAGAAUCAAGACGAAAGCUGGGCAAGCUAUGGUGUUAGGGACUGUUGUGGGUGUUGGAGAAGCGCUUUUCUUAUCAUUUUACCAUGGCAAAGCCAUCAAUCUAGGCCGUUCUCACUGGGAAUAUGCAGAGAAAGCGGGACGAGCAAGCUCCAUGUCCGAAACAAAUUCGUUAUUUGGUCCUCUCUUAGUCAUUGGGAGUGCUCUUAUUUGGGCUCUUUGGUUCGUAAUCCAAGCAAACUUAUGCAAGAAGUACCCAGCUCCUUGCAACAGCAUCACGUACAUGUGUUUCCUGGCAAGCAUAGAAUGUGCGGCCAUUGCUUUGUGUUUUGUACGCAAACCCUCAGCUUGGUCACUCGCCAAUUCUGUGAGACUCGCAUCUGCACUUUAUGCGUGUAUAGUUUGCACUGGGGUAGCUUGUAGUCUAAUGUCGUGGGCUAUUGAGAGGAAAGGCGCUCUUUUCAUGUCUGUGUUCAGCCUGAUGCAACUCGUCAUCACUGCUCUUGUCAGUUGGGCGUUACUUGGCGACAAGUUACAUGCUGGAACCGCCAUAGGAUCCGUGUUGAUAGUUUUGGGGAUGUAUUCUGUAUUGUGGGGAAAGACCAACGCGGGAGACGCAAUUCAGAAGACUGAAGAUGAAGCGUUGACGCAGAACGGAAACGACUCGAUGCACCUUGGCUGCAGGGCUUCGGAUGAGAACCAUAAUACUGCUGUUUAA